AUGCUUCGGCCCACGGGUGCCUUUGAAGCUCUCGCACGGCAAUGGAGAUCUCACGUUCAGAUCCUGCUUGUGUUGUGUUUUAUCACCUUUGCAAGUGCCUUUUCUGAUGACAGUUCGGCAAUCUCCUCUGCAGGUACCCCGGUAAACGCUGGUUUUAUCAACGGGACUGCACUUGGGCAAGACUCGCAUUAUCUCUACAAACGUGCAGGAACCAACAGUAGAAGCAAUGUCGCUUAUACAUCGACGUGCUCAGAUGAUCAAGUUACAUACUUGGACAGUUCGCUGAGCGAAGCUAAAGACCUGGCUUCCAGAGCUGUCACGGCUAUAAGUGAGCUGUUGGACAUAAUGCGGCUCAAGGAACAGCCCGAGCAUUGGCCUUCAGCCUCGUAUACCAGAAGAUACCGAAACUUCCUUCUCUGGGGUUCCUUGUUUGGUGAGCCGAUACUGCAGAGAGGGGUUGGCAGAAGGACUCUACAGGAUACCAUCAGUACGAUGGCGAGUAUGAAAAAUGCCUUCAUUCGUGUUCGAAACGCACUCGACGUCAAGAAGAACAACUUUCACAUGAUAAUCAAUUGCCAUGACAAUUGGCUUGUAUACUCGCAUGAUGAAGAGAUUUCCGAUGGCAAGGGAGGCAAGGUGUUAUCUCGGAUGUAUCACGAUACGAGAAUUCAAGAUCAAAAAGUCUACAUGAGCCAUACGAUGACAUGCCACGAAAGGCCUUCAAUGAGAGGCUACACUUGGGAAAACAAGUUUACGGGCAAGGAAGAGACUGUCUAUUGCCCCAACUCAUUCCCAAUGUGGAACGGUCGCCACAUAGCCGAUAGGCAGAGCUCGACCUUUGCGUCUAUGAAGGGAAAGACGUUCAAAGAUGUGAAGGAGUAUGCCGCUGCCGGCACCAUGCUCCAUGAAGUCACUCAUUCUGAGAAGACUCUCGGCGAUUACGCGACCGAAGACGUACACAUCACCUAUCAGGGACAAACAUACUCCGCGUACGGUGGACCUCUUUGCCGGGAGCUCGCCAUGACCUUCACUGACGACAUUGGAUACCCCGAACUGAAUGCCGAUACUUUGGCCUUGUUUGGACUCGGGGUUUAUUACAGCCAGUGCAAUUGGGCUAACCCUGAUAAGCCCGGUAAAUGCUGGACUGACAAGCCGGAUAGAAUUUGCCCAACGGUAAACAACCAGAGAACAUGUGUGGCCUUUAACUGGAAAGCUUAAUGCAUUGUUACCCGGUAUGCCGGACAUGCGGGUAGGAGGGGGGUGAUGGUGGAC